ACUAGUAAAGGGGCGGGGCCACAGUUCUCGUGGAACCUUUCCGUCUUAUCUGAGCUCUUCAUAACAUCUUAAAAUGAGCUCUUCUGACACGAAGAUCAUCACUGUGAUCGGCAGUGGGCUGAUCGGCCGCUCCUGGGCCAUGGUGUUCGUCAGUGGAGGCUACAGCGUGAAGAUCUACGACAACCAGCCGGGACAGUCGGCCAAGGCCGUCGCGGAGAUCAGGAAGCAGCUGGAAGAGCUGCAGGAAGCUCACAUGCUACGAGGAGAGCUGGAAGCCACGAAGCAGCUCGCCCUGCUCAGCAGCCACGAGGACCUGGCAACGGCGCUGGAGGGAGCCUUCUUCAUCCAGGAGUGCGUAUUUGAGCAGCUUGAGGUCAAGCAGAGCGUCUUUCAGGACAUUGAGCGUCUUGUGGGGAAGGACGUCAUCCUGAGCAGCUCCACUUCCUGUCUGGUGCCCAGCAAGGUCUUCUCCAAAGUGCAGAACAGGAGUCGCUGCCUCGUCUCCCAUCCGGUAAACCCACCUUACUAUGUCAAACUAGUGGAGCUGGUACCUCACCCAGAGACGGCAGCAGCGGUUAUGGACACCACCCACUUCCUAAUGACCAAGGUUGGCCAGGCGCCGGUCCGUCUGAGGAAAGAGAUAGAUGGCUUUGCCCUCAACCGAGUGCAGGCGGCCAUUAUUGCAGAGUCCUGGAGACUGGUCCAGGAUGGCGUUAUCUCUGUCGAGGACAUCGACCUGGUGAUGUCAGAGGGGCUAGGAAUGCGUUACGCCUUCAUAGGUCCCAUGGAAACCAUGCACCUCAAUGCACCAGCAGGUCUGGAGGACUACAUGAAGCGCUAUGGAGAGGGCAUCAGGAGAAUCCUCACCUCCUUCGGGCCUGUUCCAGACUUCUCCGGCAGUGAAGGAGCCAAGAGCAUCGUGAACGAGAUGUGCCAGCUGAUUCCCGGCGACCAGCAGCACCUGUCGGCCCGGAUGGAGAGGAGGGACCAGCUCCUCAUGGGUCUGGCCCAGCUGAAGAAGGACGACUAAGACCAGCAUGAGUCGAGGAAACUUCUGAUUAUGACUGGAAGCAAUUACGAGAAACUGGUUAAAAAUUAAUAAAAAAGAACGACAUCUUGGGAUUGUUUGUCUGCAACUUGAUCUCAAGAUUGUGUUGAAAUUAUGACUUGAUUAAAAGUAAUGGUCUCACGUGCUACACACAAAACCACGUAAAUAAAGUCUGGGGAAAUGUGACUUAAUGGAGAAUAUAAAACAAUGAAAUCAUGUGUUUAUGUACUAUUUUGUAUUCUCUCGAUAAAACAUGUUUGAUCCUCCGAAUCUAAAAUAAAUAAAGCAGUGCGCUCCACUGUGUAAUGCGUGUA